AUGGCUUAUGAUGACUCCAGGAAGAAAGAAGAGUUCCUAGUGAGUGACCGAAGUGUUGAUGACGCGGGGCUGGCAACUGCCAGGAUACAGCGAGAGAAAAAGCGCUCUUACAAGGAUCUGCUGCAAGAGGAAGAUGAAAUAGCAACUCAGGUCAGGAAGCCCUCAGAGAAAAGGUUGAAGGACAGUGAGCUUUUUCCAGGGACAGAACCUCACAAAAAGAAGAGAAAGCACUCCGAUGAGUUCUCCUACAGAGGUGUUUCGCCUUUGGAUCUACCAUCAAAGAAGAAGAAAAAAGCAGUUUCUAGCCCGUCCUCAGCUGAUACAACCAUGGAUUUACUCAAGACUGUCACCUCACCUCUGGCCACAAGCUCAAAGUCUUUGAAGAAGACCUCUGAAAAAUCAUCUUAUUCUUCCUCUGGCCAUUCCGAAAGCAAAAAGGAGCACCACAAGAAGAAGCUGAGUGGGAGCAGUGGGGACCACUCAGUGGACGAUGGCAGCUUCCACAAAUCUAAAAAAAUGAAACCUCUCUACGUGAACACAGAGACCCUUACUCUUCGUGAACCUGAUGGUUUAAAGAUGAAGCUCAUCCUUUCACCAAAAGAUAAAAGUAGUGCAGCAGAUGAUGAUUCUUUCUCCUACUCUUCAGCACCAGCGGCUGCAAAGAAAUCUUCAAAGAAAUCAUCUCGAGAUGAGCAAGGCUCAUUCCUUCUGGGUCAUGAACUGCAGAGCUUCCUGAAGUCAUCCCGGAAGAAGCACAAACCACCUCCAGAUCCACAUCCACCUUCUGAGAGUUUUGGUGCAGACACCUCCCUUUUUUCAGAGGGCCAUGGGAGCGAGUAUGAGAUUUCAGGGGCAGAGCCACCACCAGAAUCUGGUUCCUCUUCCGGUGGGGAGUUGGAAGCUGGAGAGCUAGUGAUAGAUGACUCCUACCGGGAAAUCAAGAAGAAGAAGAAAUCAAAAAAAAGUAAGAAAAAAAAAGACAAGGAGAAGCACAGAGAGAAGAAGCACUCUAAGUCUAAAAAGAGUUCUGGGCAUUCUCCUGUGGCAGUAGCUGAAGUAGCAAUGUCACCACCACGUCCUCCCAGUACCCCCUAUGUUCUUCCUCCACCUCCUCCUGCUGUUUUUCACUCAGAUGGUCAAGGUGAGAAGAAGAGGAAAAAGGAAGACAAGGAGAAGGACAAAGAGAGAGAAAGAGAAAAACCAAAGAAGAAAAACAUGUCUGCCUAUCAAGUGUUCUGUAAGGAAUAUCGUACAACUAUUGUGUCUGAGCACCCUGGAAUAGACUUUGGAGAGCUAAGUAAAAAAUUGGCAGAAGUGUGGAAGCAGCUACCUGAGAAGGAUAAACUGGUUUGGAAACAGAAAGCUCAGUAUCUCCAACACAAACAGAAUAAAGCAGAAGCCACCACUGUGAAAAGGAAAGCAUCCUCUUCAGAUGGUGCACCGAAAAUAAAAGCUUCUCCAACAGGAGUGAUUUCUCCUCAUAAGAAAUCCCCCACCAGCACCGUGGUGGUGCCUUCCUCCCCAGCCAAAGCCCCCGAGACAGAGCCUAUUGACGUAGCUGCACACUUGCAGUUGCUGGGUGAAUCUCUGAGCCUCAUCGGACACAGACUGCAGGAAACAGAGGGAAUGGUGGCUGUUUCAGGAAGUUUGUCAGUACUUCUAGAUUCAAUCAUCUGUGCUUUGGGCCCAUUAGCGUGCCUGACCACGCAACUGCCUGAGUUGAAUGGCUGCCCUAAGCAUGUUUUGUCAAACACACUAGACAAUAUUGCCUACAUCAUGCCUGGACUUUGAUGGGAAAGGAUCCUGGGAUGUACUCAGCCUCUGCCUAACUGACUUGUGUACAUAUGCACUACGCCGGCACCCCCGAAGGGCUCCGUGUGUAGGGUUUUAAAAUUUUGUAUCUGUGUAGUGUAUACACAGGA